UCUUCUGAUUCAAGACGACCAACGAAGAACCUCUUCCCAAGAAAGUUCGACUGAGUGAAACAGACUUCAAAGUUAUGGCAAGAGAUGAGUUAAUUCUAAGAUGGAAACAAUAUGAAGCAUAUGUACAAGCUUUGGAGGGCAAGUACACAGAUCUUAAACUCUAAUGAUGUAACUGGCCUAAGAGAGUCUGAAGAAAAACUAAAGCAACAACAGCAGGAGUCUGCACGCAGGGAAAACAUCCUUGUAAUGCGACUAGCAACCAAGGAACAAGAGAUGCAAGAGUGUACUACUCAAAUCCGGUACCUCAAGCAAGUCCAGCAGCCGAGCGUUGCCCAACUGAGAUCAACAAUGGUAGACCCAGCAAUCAACUUGUUUUUCCUAAAAAUGAAAGGUGAACUGGAACAGACUAAAGACAAACUGGAACAAGACCAAAAUGAACUGAGUGCCUGGAAUUUUACGCCUGAUAAGUAAACAAAUCAUCCUCCCCAGUUCAGACUUCCCUGAC